AUGCUUCAUGCGCUCCGCUGUCUGUAUGCGGCACAGGUGCGACUGGCGCGGGCGUCGUCGUCGUCGUCGUGGCGGCGGCGGCAGGCCGACGACCAGUACGUGCGCAAGGCCCGGGCACAAGGCAAGGUCUCGCGGGCGGCGUUCAAGUGGUCGGAACUCGACGCCAAGCACAAGAUCGUUACCCCCGGCGUCAAGCGGGUGCUGGAGCUCGGUGCCGCACCUGGAUCGUGGACUCGCGAGAUCGGCGAUGCGCUCGUCCGUGGCUCACCGGCAGCCGAGCUGGUGACCGUCGACCCGGGCGCGAUGAGUCCGCAGGUUGUGGCGUGGCUCCAGAGCUCUGGCCUUGCACACGUCCAUCAUUCGAUGGUGAUGGAAGAGCUCGAGCUGGACGAGCUGGGUGUCUUUGACGUGGUGGCAUCGGACAUGGCGCCGGCGGCAACCGGGCAUCGCGGAACGGAUCGGGCCCGAGCCGAGGCUCUGUUCGAGGCGGCGCUGGCGCUCGCUGAUGCGGUCCUUGUUCGUGGCGGCAGCAUGGUGGCCAAGAUCUUCCGCAACGGGAUGGAACGCGCGGCGCUGGACGAGGCGCGCGAGUUGUUUGCCAAGGUGGUGCUGGUCAAGCCCAAGGCGUCACGGUCCGAGAGCAGGGAGAUGUUCCUGGUGGCUAAGGGCUUUGCCGGCUCGGAGAGCGGUGCUGGCGGCCGGUGAGGCGG